GAAUGAAGGGAGCGGCGGAGGGCAGAAAACAAACUUUAACGAUAUUAUCUGCGACGCUUUUUAAAAACAACAAAUUAACGGAGAGCUUUCGACGGUGCAACAAGCGACACCUGGCCGACAAGCAGCGAGAAAACACGAAGCUGCACAGACAUUUUGGAGAGGCUAUAAAUCAUGGUGGUCAGUUUGGUCUAUUUGGCGUGCCUCUGCCUGGUGGUGGUGAUAGUUAGUGGUGAACCCUGUCUCAUCAUCAGCGAGAUCAACGCCGACAACCCGAGACUGGACACCACUGAGUUUGUGGAGCUGUAUCACACCAGUGGACAACGGGCCUCGCUGGAAGGCUACACCCUCGUGUUCUACAACGGAAAUGGAAAUAUAGCUUACAAGGUGUUGGAUCUCAAAGGUCACAGCACAGACGACAGAGGCUUCUUCUUGGUGGGCUCGGUGGACAUGCUGCCCAAACCGGCCAUCCUUCUGCCUCCAAACACAGUCCAAAACGGCCCAGACGCCGUUGUCCUCUACCACACAUCUGCUGCCCGCUACAGCGAGAGAAUGAACGUCACUGCCCUCGGGCUGGUGGACGCUGUCGUUUACAUGACUCGCCGCACUGGGGGUGCAGAGUUCCUCGCUGAGACUUUGACACCUGGAGAGCCAGCCUUUGUCGAAGAUGAAACUGCACUUGAGGGGGAUGAGUCGAUUGAGAGGUGCUUGCUUUCCGAAGAUCGCUGGGGCUUUCAGGUGUCCUCACCCUCUCCGGGCCAGAGGAACAACUGCACCACCUGGGAGGAGGGCAGGUGGACGGGUUUGUGGAGCUAA